AUGGCGCUGCUCGUGGAGAAGACGUCGUCUGGCCGUGAAUACAAGGUCAAGGACAUGUCCCAGGCCGACUUCGGCCGCCUCGAGAUCGAGCUCGCGGAGGUCGAGAUGCCUGGUCUCAUGUCCUGCCGCGCGGAGUUCGGGCCCUCGCAGCCAUUCAAGGGCGCCCGCAUCUCGGGGUCCCUCCACAUGACCAUCCAGACCGCCGUCCUCAUCGAGACCCUCACCGCGCUCGGCGCCGAGGUUCGCUGGUGCUCCUGCAACAUCUUCUCCACUCAGGACCAUGCCGCCGCCGCCAUCGCCCGCGACAGCGCCGCUGUUUUUGCCUGGAAGGGCGAGACCCUCCAGGAAUACUGGUGGUGCACCGAGCGUUGCCUCGACUGGGGCGCCGGCGGCGGUCCGGACCUCAUUGUCGACGACGGCGGCGAUGCCACUCUGUUGAUCCACGAGGGUGUCAAAGCCGAGGAGGAGUUCGAGAAGACAGGGAAGCUUCCUGAUCCCAACUCCACCGAUAACGCCGAGUUCCAGAUCGUGCUCGGCCUCAUCAGGGACAGUCUCAAGGUCGAUCCCCACAGAUACCGCAAGAUGAAGGAGAGACUUGUCGGCGUGUCUGAGGAGACCACCACCGGCGUCAAGAGGCUCUACCAGAUGCAGGCCAACGGCACUCUUCUUUUCCCGGCGAUCAACGUCAAUGACGCCGUCACGAAGAGCAAGGUACAUGCUGUCUCUUUCUUUAUGCGGAUGCAGAAACGUCUCAGAUGUUCGCUGCGCAUUGCGUUGCUUUACCAUUGUUUUCCACUCUGUUUUCAGUUUUAUCUUCCCUUCUUGAGAUCCUCAUCUCGUUUAUUGUCAUGCCUAUUCAUACUAUAUUGUCUACCUUCAACGCACUUUCUGGCUGCACCUUCUCAAGUUCCAUUAACAGCAUUGAUCUUGAGGCGAUUCUGAUUGCUGUUCUCAUUGCUUAAUCUUAUUGAUUAUCUUCCCUAACGGGUUACAUUUGGUGUUCUUCCUCUUUUUCAUCUCUUUCAUUCCUUUGUUUGUUCGCCCAACCCAGUGAGAACAAUCUGGGUGAUGCUGUUUGCUCUUGCUUUCUUCAUUCUGUGAAAUGUUUUUCUCAUUCUCUCUUCGCCGUUUGUUGUCAGUUUGACAACCUCUAUGGCUGCCGCCACUCCCUCCCCGACGGUCUCAUGAGGGCGACUGAUGUCAUGAUUGCGGGCAAGGUCGCGGUUGUCUGUGGCUAUGGUGAUGUGGGGAAGGGCUGUGCUGCGGCCCUCAAGCAGGCAGGGGCCCGUGUGAUGGUAACUGAGAUCGACCCCAUCUGUGCGCUCCAGGCUCUCAUGGAGGGCAUUCCAGUUCUUACUCUGGAGGACGUUCUCUCUGAGGCCGAUAUUUUUGUGACGACUACCGGCAACAAGGACAUCAUCAUGGUGGACCACAUGAAGAAGAUGAAGAACAACGCCAUAGUCUGCAACAUUGGCCACUUCGACAAUGAGAUCGACAUGCUUGGACUGGAAACCUACCCUGGCAUCCAGCGAACCACCAUCAAGCCUCAGACAGAUCGCUGGGUCUUCCCCGACACCAAGAACGGAGUCAUCAUUCUUGCUGAGGGCCGUCUCAUGAAUCUCGGGUGUGCAACUGGGCACCCCAGCUUCGUCAUGUCCUGCUCCUUCACCAACCAGGUAUCACAACAAGGCUCCAGUUUGCAGGGGGGGAAAAUGUAAAUUGCAGCUCGAAUAUAUUGGCUUUAAUCUACUAAUUUUUGGAUUAAACUACCAUAUUCAUUCUCAAUUGAUUCUGAGUAGGUCAUCCAGAUUAUUCACCUCUCUAGUACCUCCCAUGCUUCUUUUCCUCUGUGGAUUUGUAGAAUUCUCCUUGGUUAGUUCAAACUCAGAUGGUUAGCCUGGUCACUUAAGUUGCUAUUAUAAUCUUCUACCCACCCAGAUUCAUUUCUUUCUGGAUUUGUAGAAUUUUCCUUCCGGAGUUGCUGGAGAGUUGACUGUUCUCCUUGGCAGGUGAUUGCCCAGCUCGAGCUGUGGAAGGAGAGGGCUACUGGUAAGUACAAGAAAGAGGUCUAUGUGCUGCCGAAGCAUUUGGAUGAGAAGGUAGCAUCUCUCCACCUUGAGAAGCUUGGUGCCAAGCUGACAAAGCUGACUCCCGAGCAGGCUGCCUAUAUCAGCGUGCCAGUUGAGGGCCCCUACAAGCCUCUCCACUACAGGUACUGA